GUUUUUUUUCCAGGAUAUCAUCAUGCCUAGAGCCAAAGUCAAUAAAGUCUCCCAUAAGAGUUGUCUUACUAACGGUAAAUUAGGUUCAAAUGAAGAUGGUUGUAACGUUGGCAAAAUUGAAACAUCUGCUGCACUGCUUCAAGCAACCUCAAAAAUUGAUUCUGCAAAGGAAAGAAGCCAAGAUGUUAAUAUCCAAGAGGAUGUUCAGUUUGCAGAUAUGUAUCUAAAAGAAGAAGUUCUAGCUGGUUUACAUUCAACUGGCUUCAUAAAACCCAGCCCAGUUCAACUUCAGGCAAUACCUACUGGACGAUGCGGCCUAGACCUGAUUGUACAGGCCAAAAGUGGCACUGGGAAGACGUGUGUAUUCACAGUCAUUGCUCUGGAGAUGAUAGCAACUUCUGCUCCCACCUGUCAGGUGCUUGUGGUUACACCAACCCGCGAAAUAGCAGUUCAAGUUACAAGCGUGAUCAACAACAUUGGGCGCCACAUAUCAGGGUUAUGUGUGCAAACUUUCAUAGGUGGCACAGCUGUUGAAAAUUUAGUGAAUUGCCACAUUGCAGUCGGCACACCAGGACGACUGCACCACUUGCUAUCUGCUGGAGUUCUUCCCCCUAAAAAUAUUCGCCUCCUUGUGCUUGAUGAAGCUGACCAGCUCCUGGACUCAUUCAGAAAUGUAGUUCUUCAAAUUGUUGCAGCGCUGCCACUGAACAAACAGAUCAUUUGCACCUCAGCUACAUACACGCCGAGUCUUCAGGACCUCGCAAAGAAGAUGAUGAGAUCGGCAUCUCACAUCUCGCUAGGCGCAAAGCAACUGCUGGCAGUCACUCAGUAUGUGCACAAACUGCCGUACACCGACAACUUUGACCAAACAUUUAAAGCCAAGCUACUUCACCUGAAAGGCAUCUUGGGCUCGGUUGUAUUUAACCAAUGUCUCAUAUUUACGAACUCAAUCAACCGUUGUGAAAGCGUCCAUGACAGCCUUCUUCGUGAUGGCUGGCCUGUUGCUCGUCUGUGUGGUGGGCAGACCCAGCAGGAGCGUCUUAAGGCUCUAGAUGAUCUCGUCACUCACAGAUGCCGCGUUAUGGUGGCAACCGACCUGGCAGCUCGAGGCUUGGAUUCCCCGCACGUGUCCCUGGUUGUAUCCAUGGAGCCUCCCCCUCACCCUCACACUUACCUGCACCGUGUCGGCCGUGCCGGACGCUUCGGUAGCGUCGGUCGCAGCAUCGUACUGGCGAGUCAAGGGGACGACUGGCUGCACGUGCAGGCUAUAGCCACUGUGCUAGACCUCACACUCAUAGUCUUGCCUAUGCCUAGUCUGGAGGAUGAACACAAGUACAAGGAGCGUCUUCCUCAUCUCAGUCCGGAGCAGUUGAAACAGUGGACGUUGUCAACCUCGCACCGACUAACCUAUACCUCAACUGUCAACGGCGGAACUUACGACCCCCUUGAAGUGUGGAAAACGACUUCAUCUGAUGGGUCUCACAUCACCCCUUCUGAAGUGCCUCAUACCAGCCCCACUGAAGUGUCUCAUGCCAGCCUCACUGAAGUGUCUCAUGCCAGCCUCACUGAAGUGUCUCGCGCCAGUCCCACUGAAGUGUCUCAUGCCAGCCCCACUGAAGUAUCUCAGGCCAGCCCCACUGAAGUGUCUCAUGCCAGCCCCGUUGAAGUGUCUCAUGCCAGUCAUGCUCAAGUGUCUCCUGUAACCUUUACUAAAAUGUCUCAUGCCAGCAUAGCUGAUUUGUCUCAUAUUGACUCAAAUGAUGUAUCAGAAGUUCGAUUCCAGGACGUAUCAAGAACACCUUCCUCUAACUUUUCUCAUGGAACUAUCUCUGAUUUAUCGACUACAAUUUGUGCUAUAGAAAGUGACGUCACGCCCUCAACCAAGAAUGAACGUAUACGGGAAGAGCUACCUCUUACUGAAACCAGAAACAAUAAAAGCAUAUCUGACGGUCUUUUAAGAACAAGUGCAAUGGUACCGAUACCUUUUAAAUCAAACUUUUCUUUCAACUCUAUCUUGGAUGAAGUCAAGGCCUUGAAUUUGUCUGAAGACGAAAAUAACUCAACUAAGGAAGAAGUGAUUGUCGGAUGCAUUGCUGAAGACCUGACUGAAGAAGCGUCAGCUCAGUUACGUACUUCGUUGAGAGAGCAGAAGCUGAGACACUCGGCGCUGUUGCGUCGUAUAGACGAUCAAUGGCAAGACCUGACGAUACAGCCAGAUAAAGCGCUCCAAGCUCUCAUGAGUGGUCGUAGUGGCAAUGAUCUGCUGGCACAGUUGAAGAGAGAGAAAUUUGCGUGUGAGCAACUGAAGAAAGAAGACGCUGCAUUGGAAGCCACGGUUUCCGCUGUUUCGGAGCCUCCAGAGCAAAAUAAUGAAGAAUUUAAAUUCCAUCUUGGAAUGAUCAGUAAUGAAAAGUACCGAGCGAAGCUUGACAAAAAGAGACAACAAAUAAGAAGCCGGAGGAGCGAAAAUGACUCGUGUGAAUCUAAGAACCAUCAUGCUGACUUUGUCGAGGCAGAAAAUACGAAGUCCACAAAACGACAUUGCUAUAAAGAGUCUAAUUUUGAACCCAUAGUUCUUUUAGACAGAUCUGGUGCAACGUUGAAGCGUUCGAAGAAAUCCAAAAAUGCCAAAGGAUCCGAGAAAGAAAGCAAUGUUCACUCGGAUAAAUAUUUCGAGUAUAGAGAUAGCAAGCCUUCUAGGUCAAUAUACACAGAUAAACGUAGCACGAAAUCAAAGUACAAGUGUGAAAUUGAAGGUUGUCCAAACGAUGCUGUUCUCUCUGAUACUGAGAGCUGCAGUUCUUCUGUGAUGUCACAAGAAAACUACAGGAACGGUCGGCAUAAACGAGACCGACGAAGGGAAGGUCUGUCAUGUCCGUUGUGCGAGCGAGAGCGUCUCGCUGAACCUGUUUACAACAGUAUUCUCGACAGCUAUCGGAAAUUUGCGCUCAUGAAUCAUUACGUGACUUACAUGGGACGUACUUCAGCCAUCAUCGCUCGACAUGCUCGACAAGAAGAGAAGAAAGAUAUAGUUUCUCGCCCCAAGCCUCGCUAGUGCACUAGAAAUGAACAGUGGAGAGUUAUCUUAUGUGACCACAAGGAUCUUCUAUCCACCAUUUCGAGUAUUCUAGGUCAACGAUCAAAGCAAUUACUGAAGAUUCUUCUCAACUGCCUGUGAUCAUUGUUUCGUUUGAAGUACUAGCUAUUGAAUCAUUUUCUGUUUCUGCACAAGUGAUGGUAAGAUGUUGGUUCAAGAAUCCGUAGCGUGCCCCCGAAGUUCGUUUGAACCAGAAUAAUGAUGUGAAGUGAAUA